ACUGUAUCCGAUCGGAUUUGAUCGUGAAUCGGUUGCCUGAUUUUCCAAGCAAGGAAAGGCGAGAAAAGGAACGCGGCCCGCUAGCGGCAAGCCGAGAUCCAUCCUGCGCCUUCGCUUCAGCCGUGAGCCCGCAACCGACCCGCCGCAAAAGACCAAAACCCUAGCCGUCACAGCGCCGCCCCCGAAUCAUAAACCUCCAGCCUCGCCGGCGGCCAUGGCGUUCUCCGGCAGGAUCAAGGAGCUCAUGAGGAAGUACGGCAAGGUGGCCGUGGGCGUCCACCUAUCCGUCUCGUGCGCCUCCAUCGCUGGCCUCUACGUCGCCAUCAACAACAACGUCGACGUCGAAGCCGUCUUCCGGAGGUUCGGCAUGUCCCCUGGCGUCACCGUUGACGGCGAGGCCUCACCCGCCCCUGCCUCCAGCGACGGCCCCCUGCCGCCCAGACCCAGCGAGGUCCUGCAAGAAGAGACGGAGCGGGAGCGGCAGCCCCGCAACAGGACGAUGGAGCUCGUGGCGUCGAGCGGCGGCGCGCUCGGGCUCGCGCUUCUCUGCAACAAGGCACUGUUCCCCGUGAGGGUCCCCAUCACCAUCGCGCUCACGCCGCCCGUCGCCAGGGCCCUGAGCCGCUGGAGGGUCGUCAAGAGCUGAUUUGUGAGUCUGUCGACCGCUUCGGAUUGCCCUCUGCAAUUUUAGGAUCAGAGUCAAACUUUGUUGCAACCUUCAACUUCAAUCUGCUGUUGGAUGAUGUGGCCGAUUUAUAAGGUUUUGUUGAAUAAAUGGUGUGACAAUGUAAUUUUGCAGUGUAUCAUGUAUGUGAUUGUCUCUGGGAAACAUGAAAUUGGAGAAGAAAAAUCAAUUGUUUUGGUCUUUUAGCAACACUAUAUAUAAUUUGUAGUCCCUUGAAUUCACCAGAUUUGAGUUGAUUCCAGAAUUGCAAUUAUCUUUGGGCGA